UUUGAUUGGACUGAUGUGUGUCAACUUCAUUGUUUACCACGUCUUCUAGCUAGCUGAAAAGUUAUCAGGAAAUACGUUGACUAUCUCCUAGCAAAUCAAUUUCAAAUGUAGCGUUAUGAAGAAAAUGUAGACAUAAAACGUAUCGGUGCUCAUCAGCCACUAAAAAUUGAAAUAAGAUCAUACGUUAAAAUAAAGAAAGCUGUAAAAGAGGAUUAAACUGUGGUUGGUGGUGGAUAGAAGCAGUGGCUAACAUCUGUUUUGAGGAUGUCUGAAAAAGCAGCGUCGCCCUUGCUUUUGCUUCACCCGACCAGGGGACUAGUCGAUGAAAAGUUCAGUGUAAUGGUCCAGAAUUUGCCGCAAAUUGAAGAUAUCACCUUGCACGCGCUGAUCCACUCAGAUGAUGGCGACUACUGGGAGGCAUUUGGCCACUAUGUUAGUGAUGCUACAGGAUUGGUAAAUGUUGCCAAUGAUUCAAGUUUAGGAGGGACAUAUGAUGGCGUGGAACCCAUGGGACUGUUGUGGAGCAUGAGACCAGUGCCUGGCAGUAGAAUUGGACUCAGGUUGAGGAAGAAGGAGGUCCACACUCCCAUGGUGGUGCACAUCUCUGUGUACAUGGGACACAUGAGUCAGGGUUUCAGGGAACAGGCGGCCCUGGCGAGUGUCGUCACAGAACGCUGGUACAUGGCCCCCGGAGUCCGCAGGGUUGACAUCACAGAGGGAGGGGUCACAGGGACCCUAUUCCUGCCACCAGGACCCGGGCCCUUCCCUGCCCUGUUGGACCUGUGGGGCGGAGGUGGUGGUCUGGUGGAGUAUCGCUCUGCCCUCCUGGCCUCACAUGGCUUUGUCUCUCUGGCCCUGGAGUACAUGACACCCCGGACCUCUGGGGGCUCAACCUCUCAUGUGGGGAACAAAUACUUUGAGGCUGCGUUCACCGUUCUGAAACAGCACCCUCAGGUGUGUGGGGACCGGAUAGCGAUACUGGGCCUGUCCUUUGGCACCUCAGUGGCUUUGGGGAUGGCUGUGUACUCUACUGUGAUUCAGCCCAGGUGUUUGGUAUGUGUGAGUGGCAGUCAUGUCCAGCAGGUGAAAGGCUCACUCUCUGAUGUCUUCAGCGAGAUUAAUAAAAACGUCCGUAACACUCGCUAUGAUGAGGAGAAUCGAGUGAUCUGGCGGGAUCUGCUCCUACCCAUUCCAACUGACCCAACCAAGAAAGUGGAUGUGGGGCAGAUGAAAUGUCCUGUUCUAAUGAUUGUGGGUGAGGAUGACCAGAACUGGCCUGCCACUGAGUCAGCAGAGGACAUGAAGCAGAUGAUGGAGAGAGCAGGGAACAGUCACCUGCUGACCACUCUGUCCUACCCUGGAGCUGGUCACCUGAUUGAACCUCCUUAUAGCCCACAUAUCCGUGCCAGCAACUUCAUGGUGGCCGGGACAAGACAAAAGUUGGUGGUUCUUUGGGGAGGAGAGACAGCGCCACACAGUCACGCACAGGAAGACUCCUGGAAGAAGACCCUUGCCUUUCUGGAGGAGCACCUAUAUCGAAGCACAGAGGUGACCUCACCGUCAAAUCUGUGACUAGGCCAGAGACACAAGGACAUUUUAUUAUAAUUUUUGUAAUUAUGACUUAUCUUAAUUCUCAUCAGAGAUGUGAUGAAAUAAUUAUGUUGACACGAGUGUGGGUGGGAUGAAACCACAUAACUCAACAAGCCAAUAUCCUAAUCCAACUCUCAUAUCAUUCCUUUUCUCCUGGUUUUGGUGAUCUACACAAGCCAUAGCAUUCAAAGAUUGAGAAGAUCUCUGAGUUAUUGCAUUGUCACACAUGUUUCAUACAGUCUUUCAUUCAUUUCAAUUAAAUAGACCUUAUCAUGCCAUUUUUUUCUUCCAGUUUUACUGCUGUGCAUUUCUACUUUUACAAAGGCUCUAUUACUUAUAGGUUGUGUAACAAGCCUGUAAAAUGGUCUUCCUUGAAUAAAGAAAAGUGUUGAAAAUGUAAGAACUCGCCC